AUGGCUCACCUGCAAUAUUUUUCAUAUCCUGGCGUCGGUGAGGAUAACCGAAAGAACUUCCACUAUAGCCAGGCGGUCCGCGUUGGGGACAGAAUCGAAUGCUCAGGUCAAGGCGGCUGGGUCGCUGAGAAUGGUAUUGGCUCAAUCUACAAGGAGAUCAACGCCCAAAUUGACCAGGCAUUCGUGAAUGUCGAACUGGCACUUAAAACGGCUGGCGGCAAGGGUUGGUCACAAGUCUUCCGUGUCAACUCAUAUCACGUCCCAUUGAACAAUGAGGCGCUCGAGGCAAUGGUCCGGAAUUUUAAAAAAUGGAUGCCAGACCAUCAGCCCAUUUGGACAACAGUUGGUGUUCCUCGGCUAGGAGAAGAUGACAUGCGGGUAGAGAUCGAGGUAGUUGCGCACGAUCCGGAGGGGGCUGGGAUGCCCUGA